AGAGCAAGAAGCCUCCACAUCAUGUGCCACAUCCCCGUCUUCUGCUGGAUCUCAUCCACUGUGCUUCAAAACCUCCUGAAACAAGAUCUCAGUGCAGAAAUCCCUCAAACUCUGACUGAAAUGUACAUCUACUUCCUGCUCAUUCAAACAAAUAUGAAGAACCAGAAGUAUGAAGAGAGAGAUCCAGAGAAACUCCUGCAGUCCAACAGAGAAGUGAUUGUGAAACUUGCUGAACUGGCUUUCAAUCAGCUGAUGAAGGGCAAUGUGAUGUUUUAUGAGGAGGACCUGAGAGAGAGCGGCAUAGACGUCACUGACGCCUCAGUGUAUUCUGGGAUUUGCACUGAGAUCUUUAGAGAGGAAUCUGUGAUUUAUCACAGGAAGGUUUACAGCUUUGUACAUCUGAGCUUUCAGGAGUUUUUUGCAGCACUGUAUGUGUUUUUCUGCUAUUUACACAAGAACUGUGAGAUUCUGAAAAUGUUCCUGACAGGAAAGUUCAGAACUCAGUGUGAGGAUGUUCCUCUGGAUGCGUUUCUGAAAGGAGCAAUGAAUAAAGCCUUGAAGAGUAAAAAUGGACACCUGGAUCUUUUCCUUCGAUUUCUUCAUGGCAUCUCACUGGAGUCCAAUCAGAGACUCUUACAGGAUGUACUGCUUCACACAGAGAACAACCCAGAGAUCAUCAAGAAAAUAACCCAAAACCUCAAACGAGGUCAAAAAAACAAUGUCAGUCCUGAAAGAUGGAUGAAUCUGUCACACUGCUUGAUUGAGAUGAAGGAUAAUUCUGUUGUUAAAGAAAUGCAGGCAUUUUUAAACUCUAAAACAAAAGAAAAAAGUCUUUCUCUUGCACAAUGCUCAACUUUGGCAAACAUAAUCCUGAUGUCAGAGGAGGUGCUGGAUGAGUUUGAUCUUAAAAAAAUCACCACUAAAUCAAAAGAUGGGAGACAGAGACUGUUACCUGCUGUGAGGAACUGCAGAAAAGCUCUAUUGACAGGCUGUAAUCUCACUGACCGGCACUGUGAAAUUGUAGCUUCAGCUCUACAAUCAUCAAACUCCCUGAGAGAGCUGGACCUGAGUAACAAUCACCUGCAGCAUUCAGGAGUGGAGCUACUCAGUUCGGGACUGAAGAGUCCAAACUGUCAACUCAACAAACUGAGAUUGGCCAGCUGUAAUCUCAGUGAUCAGUGCUGUGAAAUUGUAGCUUCAGCUCUACAAUCAUCAAACUCCCUGAGAGAGCUGGACCUGAGUAACAAUGACCUGCAGGAUUCAAGAGUGGAGCACCUCUGUGCUGGACUGAAGAGUCCAAACUGUCAACUCAACAUACUGAGAUUGGCUGACUGCAAACUCACUGAUCAGUGCUGUAAAACUGUUACUUUUGUUUUACAAUCAUCAAACUCCCUGAGAGAGCUGGACCUGAGUAACAAUCACCUGCAGCAUUCAGGAGUGGAGCUGUUCUGUGCUGGACUAAAGAGUUCAAACUGUCAACUCAACACACUGAGAUUGGCCAGUUGUAAUCUCACUGAUCAGUGCUGUGAGAUUUUGGCUUCAACUCUACAAUCAUCAGACUCCCCCCUGAGAGAGCUGGACCUGAGUAACAAUGACCUGCAGGAUUCAGGAGUGAAACUGCUCUCUGCUGGACUGAAGAGUACAAACUGUCAACUCAACAUAUUGAGAUUAUCUCAGUGUUUGGUGACAGCAGAAGGUUGUGCUGCUCUGGCAUCAGCUCUGAGUUCAAACCCGUCACACCUGAGAGAGCUGGACCUGAGCUACAAUCACCCAGGAGAUUCAGGAGUGAAGCUGCUCAACCACCUGGAAAAACUCAAGUAAGUUGAGCAGAAACAAUCAUCCUGUCUGCUGUGUGUGAGAGAGAAUUUGUCAUUGUUUUGUGGUUGUCAAGAGAAACUUUAGUUCUCAAAAAAAGAUUGCAUGGGAAGCU